AUGGCAGAUAAGGAAACUUUCGACCUCGUCGAGGAUGCCCCCGGGGUCCACAACGUCCAGACAGGCAAAAUGGAGCAGGAUGCUGCCGCCAGAGGUACGCAGAGAGAGACAGAGCUCACCGUCCUCGCUGCCUUGAAGUACUACAAGAAGGCCGUGAUGUGGUCGCUCGCCAUCUCCAUGGCCACCAUCAUGGAGUCGUACGACCUCAUCCUCAUCAACUCCUUCUUCGCCCACCCGCAGUUCCAAAAGAAGUUUGGCCAGCCCCUGAACAACGGAACUGGAGGCUACACUCUCAGCACGCAGUGGCAGAUUGGCCUCUCCAUGGCCGGUCUCGUCGGCCUGAUCCCCGGCGUCUUUGCCAACGGAAUCCUCGUCGACCGCUACGGGUACCGCAAGGUCAUGGCUGCGUCCCACAUCUUCCUCAUCGGUGCCAUCUUUGGCACCUUCUUUGCCUCUUCAGCGGCGGUGCUAACUGUCGGAGUCAUCCUCAUUUCCCUGCCCUGUGGCGUCUUUGCUGCUGCCACUCCCGGAUAUGCCGCCGAGGUCUGCCCCAUGGCCCUCCGAGGAUACCUUACUACUUAUGUCAACCUGUGCUGGGUCAUGGGUCACCUCAUCGGAGCAGGUGUCCUCAUUGCGAAGCUCAAAGACCCGACCGAAUGGUCCUACCGACUUCCCUUUGCCAUCCAGUGGAUCUGGCCCCCCUUCCUCGCCGUGGCCUGCUGGUUCGCCCCCGAGUCGCCGUGGUGGCUCGUCCGCCAGAACAGGCUCGAGGAUGCCCGCAAAACCAUGGACCGCAUCCUGGACGCUCCGGAGGGCACCCUCAACAAGGACGAUAUCAUCGCCAUGAUGGACCACACCAUCCAGACCGAGAGGGCCAUGGAGAUCGGCGGGUCCUACCUCGACUGCUUCCGCGGCACCAACCUGCGCCGCACCGAGAUCGCCAUGAUCAGCUGGGGCUGCCAGAUCCUGCCGGGCUUCGCCAUCCAGAACUACUCGACCUACUUCUUCACCAUGGCCGGCCUGUCGUCCAACGACUCGUUCAAGAUGACGCUCGGCAACUACAGCAUCGCCUUCACCGGCACCGUGCUCUCGUGGUUCAUCCAGACCCGCUUCGGGCGGCGGCAGAUCUACCUGGCGGGCCUGACAGCGAUGCUGCCGCUCAUGGCGACGGUGGGCUUCCUCGACCUUGCGCCGCCGAGCGCAAGCAUCCGAUGGGCCCAGUCCGGCCUCUUGCUGACGUGGUUCUUCUGCUACGGCAGUACCAUCGGACCGAUCCCAUUUGCCAUAGCCGCCGAGGUGGGCGCGUCUCGGCUGCGCACCAAGACCAUCUCACUGGGGAGAAACACGUACUACUUCCUGAGCGUCGUCAACACGGUCGUGGCGCCUUACAUGCUCAACCCCACGGCGGGCAACCUCAAGGGCAAGGCGGCGUUCCCGGCCUUCGGGCUGACGGUGAUCCUUCUCGUGUGGACCUUCUUCAGGCUGCCAGAGACCAAGGGUCUUACUCCGGAGACGCUCGAUCACUUGUUCCACCAGAGAGUGCCGGCUCGGAAGUUCAAGGAAGAGGCCAAGCACUUCCAGUAA